UCAUGCAUCAUACCUGUCCACAUUGCCUGACCUGGUACCCCAGGCAGGGACACUCUACCAGUUAAUGGAAAGCAGAGUAAAAACUUUUCAGAAACUUUCACACCUUCAUGGAAAGCUUAUUCUUCUAAUUACACAAGUAACAGCAAAAAAAAAAAAAAAAGGAACAACUUCCCCUGGACAGAAGGCAACGUUGGCAUAUGAAGAAGAAUCUUCUGAACAGGAGUCUGAUGAUGAAAUGGCAGAUAAAGGUUCUGAUGAUAAUUGGGAUGAAGAUGAGGAAGAAAGUGAAAGUGAAAAAGAUGAGGAUGUUGAUGAAGAGGAUGAUGAGGAUGCUGAAGGAAAAGAUGAAGAAAAUGGUGAGGACAGAGAUAUGGCAAGUGAAAAAGAAUUAUAUGAAGAUUCUGAUUUAGGCCCUGAAAAUGAAAGUGAAGAAGAAUGAAGACA